AUACCUACUUGGGGGAUGCCGAUUGAGCUCCGGGUUGCCGCGGGUUAAAUACAACCGAGAGCUGUCAAAGCUGGAGCAGUGGACUUUCUCAAUUCCAAUAUUUUCAACUAAACAAAGAAAAAACGAAUUGGGGUGAGUAUUUUGGAUAUUAUCGUUUGCUAUGUUAUGAAGAUGUCGGAAAAGCUCAUUAGCGCCGAGGAAGUCGUGAAGCAUACCACGCCCGAGAGUUGUUGGGUAGUGUUGUACGGGAAUGUCUAUGAUGUAACUGAGUUCCUACCGUCGCACCCCGGCGGUUCCAAGAUCAUCUUACAGCUCGCCGGCCGAGAUGCGACGGACGAGUACGAUCCCAUACACCCUCCGGGCAUACUAGAGGAAAAUCUCAAACCCGAGGCCAAAUUGGGUCGAAUUGACCCUCAGACGAUAGUCCAGGCCAGCAAGCCAGCUGCUAAGGAGGAAAAGAAGGAUGUAGAAGGUCCGCCACCUAUGGAAAGUCUACUGAAUCUCAAUGAGAUCGAGGAGGUCGCUACGAAACGUAUGCCUGAAAAGGCAUGGGCCUACUACUACUCCUCCAGCGACGACACCAUUUCCAAGUCUUUCAACAAUGCCGUUUACAAGGACAUCCUGCUGCGACCACGAGUCUUCAUCGACUGCACCAAAUGCGAUUCUUCCACGACUUUGCUAGGACACAAGGUCGACAUACCGAUAUUCGUCGCACCAGCCGCGAUGGCCCGAUUAGGCCAUCCCGACGGCGAGGCCGGCAUUGCUCGGGCCUGUAGCCGGUUCAACGCGCUACAAGUGAUCUCGAACAACGCCUCCAUGACGCCGGAGCAAAUUGUCGCAGACGCAAUACCAGGGCAAAUUUUCGGCUGGCAACUGUACGUGCAGAACGACCGGGCCAAGAGCGAGGCCAUGCUGGCCCGCAUCAACCGCAUGUCCGACAAGUUCAAGUUCAUCUGCCUGACGCUAGAUGCGCCGGUCCCCGGCAAGCGCGAGCUCGACGAGAAGCAGAGCUUCAAGAACGCCGUCAAGGUCGCCUCCGGGGUCAAGACCUCGGACGAGCCCAACCGGCCUGGCGGCGGCGGCGUGGGACAGCAGCUCUUCUUCGGCACGGCGUCGGAUCUCACGUGGAAGAUUACGCUGCCGUGGUUGGCGAAGCACACGGAUUUGCCGAUUGUGCUGAAGGGCAUACAGACACACGAGGACGCGUUCCUCGCGGCGAAGUAUGCGCCGCAGGUCAAGGCUGUUAUAUUGUCGAAUCAUGGUGGGCGCGCGCUGGAUACCGCGCCGCCUGCUGUGCACACGCUGCUGGAGAUCCGCAAGCACUGUCCGCAGGUGUUUGAUCAGAUUGAGGUCUGGGUUGAUGGCGGUAUUAAGCGCGGGACCGAUGUGGUUAAGGCGCUAUGUCUGGGUGCCCGGGCUGUAGGAAUUGGCCGAGCUGCCCUAUUCGGGCUCGGGGCCGGUGGACAGAAGGGUGUUGAGAGGACGUUUGAGAUCCUCAAGGCGGAGACGGAGACGUGUAUGAGGUUGCUCGGAGUAGAGAAAGUGAGCGACCUGAGUCCGAGACAUAUCAACUCUAGGAAAGUCGAGAGGGAUAUCUUUGACGGGGAGGCGGGAUUGGAGACGUUCGGCCUGUGGGAUAAGGUCAAGUCUAGGCUAUGAGCUACUGCCGAUCUUGGUAUAUAUGGCGUAGAUUAGAGAAGGAUAUAUACCGUGUAAGCUUGACAAUAGUUCUACUCUUGGAUAAACUUAGCAUAGCGAUAGCGAUAGGGUUUUAUGGAAUACAAUACUAUACACUAGAUGGGUAUUGUCGAGAUUGGUGUUAAACGCUUUCUAGCUUUAUUCGGCUCCCUAUAAUAUACUG